GAAGCUCCUCAGAUGGAUGGUCAGAUCAUUUCUAAGACAGCCUAGUCUAUAUGCCUCACUGCUUGUUUUACGGUGUUUACUAUUUGAUAAUUUCGAGCGUUUUUAUUGGCGGCAUCAGCCCUCAGCAAUGGAACAAGACACAACUAUUUUGCUUCUGGCCCUUCUAUCAAUCUGUUGGACUGGAGGGCAUUGUGGCCCUAUCCAGGACGGUAGCCCUCUAGGCCUAGAAAGUGGGGCAAUCCCAGAUUCGAGUCUGACAGCUUUUAGUGAGUGGGACGCCAACCACGGUCCGCGUCGAGGACGGUUAAACAUGGCUAAAGUCGGAGGCCAAGCUGGAGGAUGGUCUGCCAAAACAACAGAUUUGAACCAGUGGAUUCAGGUUGAUCUUUUAGCUACAUACAGGAUCGUAAGAGUGGCAACACAAGGUCGUGCGGAUUAUUCCCAGUGGGUAACCAGCUUCAAGAUUGCCUGCAGUAUGGAUAAUGUUACCUUUGAUACAGUGAAAGACCCCACUAACACCGACAACGACAAUAUCUUUCCUGGCAAUAGUGAUCGAAACACCGUGGUUUACAAUCGCUUUCCCGUGCCAAUGUCGUGUCGAUAUGUUCGCCUCUUACCUUACACAUGGCAUCAACAUAUUUCCCUUCGUAUGGAGUUAUUUGGAGAACUCCUUGCAACGACCAAACCCUCGACAAACCCAACACUGACACCUGUACACUCAGAAACUGUGACAUCUUUAAUCCCUGUUGGGCAUUUCCAGGAUGCUAGCCCUAUAGGCUUAGAAAGUGGGGCAAUCCCAGAUUCGAGCUUAACAGCUUCUAGUGAGUACGACGCCAACCACGGUCCUUUUCGAGGACGGUUAAACAUAGCCAGAGACGGAGCCCUGUAUGGAGGAUGGUCUGCCAAAACAAACGAUUUGAACCAGUGGAUUCAGGUUGAUCUUUUAGCUACGUACAGCAUCGUAGGAGUUGCAACACAAGGUCGUCAGGAUUAUUCCCAGUGGGUAACCAGCUUCAAGAUUGCCUGCAGUAUAGACAGUACUACCUUUGAUACAGUGAAAGACCCCACUAACACUGACACCGACAACAUCUUUCCCGGCAAUAGUGACCGAUACACCGUGGUUUACAAUCGCUUUCCCGUGCCAAUAUCGUGUCGAUAUGUUCGCAUUUUACCUUACACCUGGCAUGAACGUAUUGCUCUUCGUAUGGAGCUCUUUGAAGAACUCCUUGCAUCAACUGAAGUAUCAACAACCUUGAAUACAUCAUGUGAAGGAGCUGUCGCUAUGAACGCAUCGCCCAGAACAUGUACAAAGCCCAUACAGCUGUUUACGAUUCUAUUCGGGGUCGUGCUACGAUGGCUUUACUGAAUGGUACAAGCUAUUACGAGCACUUAACACGUAGUUACGAGUACUUUACGAAUAGGUACGUAUACUUUACGUAUUUUUACGUAUUGUUUACGAUUUGGAAAACGUACGAAAUCUACAAAAUCGCAACUAAAAAUCGUAACUAACAAGUAGCCAUUCGUAACAACU